CAAUCACUACAGAUAGGACCCCCCUUGGAGAUUGUUUCUGCUUGGUAUCACUUGACUGGCAAGAUUCCAAUAAUCUGCCGCGAACCCGAGUAGCUUUGAGUGAUCUUUUUGUUCCGUCACGUUCGGACUUUAUUCUACCACGUUUUUACGCCCGUGGCCGCCGUGUGGGCCUUAUUUGUUGGCUACUCUAGACAAAGGACGGUUCCCUUCAACCUUCCAGAUUCGUCUUGGUCUUUAUUUCCUCGGCCAUCGCCUUACGCGAUAAAUCCCUUAGGUGUUAGCAUCUCGGCAACCCAAACUCAAGGUUGUCAUUGAUUCUUAGUUCUAUACUGUACCAAGUAUUUCAUUGUUGUGGUGACUUUGCCCCAAGUUGGUCUAAUGGGUGUCCAACCCGCAAAUUCAAUCCCUGUCGCGAAAUGAGCCUCACUCAUAUUUUCAAUUCUCUCAUCAACUAAACCGUUCGCCGUAUUUCUCACAAUCGGCAAAUAUAGCAACAAGACAUGAUGUAUCGGUCUAGAAUAUCUUGGUUGGCCUUUGCCAUGAGAUGGCUGGCUGUAUCUGUCCAUGGCCAGCUUUCGGGAUGGAUGGAGAAUCAACAGAACGCAACUAUGUGUCUAUGGGACAUGUUUCGCAUUGCUACGCUCGGAGAUACAGUUUAUAUAGAUGGCGGUCAAAUAUACUGGAUCGCAGGUCUUACAGAUGGUUCAGUAAUGGAAGUGUCAGAUGAUAAUCGUCUAGGUCGAAUCUACAAGCUCAACUUUAGUACACCUUUCAACACGAGCACGAAUUUCUCUGAAAUUCUUACCCAUGACCCCAUAGCAACGGGCCCUAAUGGUGACGCUGCAAACAAUUUAGCUCCUAAUUAUUACGGCGGAGCACUACUCGGCAAUGACCAUGAAUUCUUCACGUAUGGUGGCUUAUUAAGGGAAACCAGUCAAUCGCCUCCAGAUGCCGACGCGUUGGUCGAAUAUGUGGCGUCGAUAUACGGAGCCGAUAAGCCUAAUUACAAUACAGGUAUCUAUUAUGGAGAGCUUCCCGAAGGCAUAACUCGAUAUGUUACGAAUGGAGGUGCAGUCAGUGCACCGUCUGAGAAUAAGGCAUGGUAUUUUGGAGGAUAUCGCUCAGAAUCUUUUGGUCCAAUUUACAGCGCUGGCCCUAGUGAAAAUGUCACAGCGACGAAUACGUCAAAUUACCUUAUCACUCUAGAUAUGGCCACUCAAACACAAGAGACUUGGGAUAAUACGACUCUCGGCCAACAUACUCCAAGCCGUGCGGACCCUUCCGUGGUCUGGGUUCCUGUUGGGGAGCAGGGCAUUCUAGUAGUAUUGGGUGGUGUUACAUACCCCGGCUACCUAAACCCCAAUAUGAUCUCUACGAAUGAGGCGCAAAGUAAAAAGGACAGCCCAGGCUUCAUGAAGAAUAUUGACAUUUAUGACGUUGCGAGCAAAAAAUGGUAUCAACAGCCAGCCGAAGGUAGUCCACCCCAGCUUGCAAGGGGAUGCGCGGUAGUUGCCCCUGCUGAAGACUAUUCAAGCUUCAAUAUCUACUAUUAUGGAGGGUAUGAUGGUCUUGAUGAUGGAGGGCAGUUUUACGAUGAUGUAUGGAUACUGUCGCUACCGUCGUUCAUGUGGAUGAAGGUAUAUUCCGGCACGUCCGAACAUGGUCGGGCUGGUCAUCAAUGCGUUAUGCCGUACCCGGACCAGAUGAUAGUAAUCGGAGGCCGCCGGGCAAACACAGGCUCUGGUCCUCCUUUAUGCCUCGACGGCGAGAACCCUGGAAUUCUUCAAGUUUAUAACCUCACAGAAAAUCAGUGGAUGGAUUCAUACGACCCGACCAGCUGGAAUUAUUAUGGGGUUCCUCAGAUGAUUCACGCUAUGAUAGGGGGUGACGCCUCCGGUGGUGCAACAGUGACUGCCCCGGGUCCCUCGGGCUGGGAAGAUCCUGAACUUGGGAAAGUCUUCGCCACUGCGUAUCCCACGUCAAAAUUAGUUACGCACUACCCUUACAGCUCUGUAGGCGCCAGCAACGAUUCUCGAGGUGCGUACGAGGGCAAUGGAGGAGGAGGCACGCCUUCUUGGUUAGCACCUGUAUUGGGUGUAGUCCUUGGCCUUGUAUUUGUCACGGCAGUCGUUGUUGGCAUUAUCCUGUAUAGGAGACGGAAAUAUUUGAAAAAGAAUGACAGCGAGCCCUCGACUGAUGAAAACGGCAACAGGAUCUUAUCCUGGGUACAAAGCCAGAGCAAUGGCAAGGCACCAACGGUCACUACUGACGACACCCGCACCCAGUACGACGAGUUGGAAAGUCGAGGCAUUACACCUGCGCGGUCACCGCCCCGGCCAGAAAUGGGAAUCGUCACUGAGAUGCCAGCAACGUGUAUUGUAGAGCUCCCGGAUACCUCACCCCCAGUUGAAUUGGCGGGAGACACGUAUGCUAAUUUGGGCAUGGCACCUAUUAUCGGGAUGAACGAGAAAUCUCCUCUCGCCUCAAACCCGCAAACUCCUCACAUUCCCUAUCCCAUCUCUACGCCGACAAGCCAAACCGGACUUAACUCAACCCAUGAGCUCUCCACAGGCGUUAGCUCCGCUCAACCCCCGAGCUACACCCCUCAACGACCCGACUCUCCGCCCCUGGGCAACAAUGACGCCCGUUUUGAUUCUAUCGCUAACGCCAUCACCACCGACGUCCCUACAACCAUGAUUCCGAAUGCUAGUGCGCCUACAAACCGGAAACAAGUUGUUAGUGGUGUAAGCGGCAUCAGUGACCGCGAGAUAUCACACCUCCGGCAAAUCAGCGGCGCAUCGACAGACAGCCAACUCACGACAUCGGCGCCGCCGCCGCCACCAGCUUCAUCGCACCAUAUCAUCGAGUCGACCGCGGAAGCAAGUCCCGCUGUUAGCCCUCCGAGCGUUCCAGGUGUAGAUGGGACCCCCGAAGCUUCCGACUACGUGAGCGUACCUCAGUCCACAGCGACACUAGGUACAGCCAAUUCAGGGAGUCAAUCGCGGCAGAGCGUAUUCCACGAGAAUAAGGAUGACCUAAAUGAAGGCGAGAAGCGGUGAUGAGUCGAAAGAACGUACUCUACUCUACCUUCGGUUGGAAUCGUGGCCAGAAUACACGGCCUAGAAAGGCACACGAUGAGUUUAGGGGUACAAGAUUAAUAUCAAAAAUCACGCAUAUGGGCGGGAAAAGGAGA